UUUCUUCUCUCUCUUCAGUCCACUCUCUGCCCACACGCUCCCGGUUCUUCUCUGUUUUCUUUUGACGGAAAACAAAAUUUAAGAGGUAAAAAAAAAAAAAAAACAAACAAACAAAAACGAGGGGAGGGUGGGCAAAGAAAUGGUCGUUGUAGAUGAUGAUAUGGUGGAAAUGAGCAUAAUGGUCGCCUUUGGAGCUUCUUCUUCCGCUCGAUUCCCUGGUGCUUAUCCCAAAAGGGUUUUGAUGGAGGGGAGAUAUACUGGGGAUUGAUUCAUUUGAUUGAAGGUGUUUAUAAGGUUGUUUUCUUGAAUUGUUUGUAUUGGGAAUGGCAAAAUAUUCAACCCCACCAGCAACAGAAACCAUCACCCUGGAGAUGAGCUGAGAAAUGGGAGAUUCUCUCCUCACAGCCCUUUCUAUGGAGAAUCACCACCCAUCCACGCUCUUGUCCAUGGACUCCAGCACCUCCCCACACGACGAUUUGGAUUUGGAGAUGAAUCGGCAAAUCAUUCUCCCCCGUCCUCCGGAUAUCAAUUUACCCUUGUCGGCCGAGCGUAGCCCGCCUCCGCAGCCAUGGAAUCCGGAUCCCUGUGAUAUUUUAGAUGUUGGGCUUGGUUCACAAGUUUAUGAGACCGAGAGUUUCCUUACUAUCCCUAAGGCUGGAAGGAAAUGCGCCAAGCGGAUUGAUAGUAUUUGGGGUGCCUGGGUUUUCUUCAGCUUUUACUUUAAGCCCUCAUUGAAUGAGAAAUCAAAGGCCAAGAUUUUGCGUGACAGCAAUGGAGUAUCCGGGUUUGACAAAACUGAUCUCAAACUCGAUGUUUUCAUGGUUCAGCAUGACAUGGAGAAUAUGUACAUGUGGGUUUUCAAGGAGAGACCGGAGAAUGCAUUAGGUAAGAUGCAACUUAGGAGUUACAUGAAUGGGCAUUCUCGUCAAGGGGAGCGUCCAUUUCCAUUUAGUGUUGAUAAGGGUUUUGUACGAUCUCACAGGAUGCAACGAAAGCAUUAUAGGGGUCUGUCGAACCCCCAGUGUGUGCAUGGGAUAGAAGUUGUUCCAUCACCCAAUCUUUUGGGUCUUGAUGAGGAAGAGCGGAAGAGGUGGAUGGAACUCACAGGCAGGGACUUGACCUUCUCAAUUCCACCGGAAGCAAGUGCUUUUAGUUCAUGGAGAAACCUUCCGAACACAGAUUUUGAGCUUGAGAGGCUGACUCCUCCGAUAAAAGGUGCCACAAAUCCCCACUCAAAGAAAUUGCUCAAUGGUUCUGGCCUGAAUUUGUCAACUCAGCCAUCUCACCAUAGCAAUGGUGAUGCAAUGGACCUAUCACCUGUCAGCAGCAAGAGGAGGAGAGAUUUUUUUCCUCAUGGAAACAACGAUGAUGAUUGCUACUUGGCUGUUAAUCCUCCCUUGGAUCGGAUACCAGAUAUGGAAGCUCAUCAUAAUGAGCCACAAUGGUUGAAUGACUUUAGUGGCGUAAUGAAGAAUGUGUAUGGACCUGUUACUGCUGCAAAAACAAUAUAUGAGGAUAAAGAAGGAUAUCUGAUCAUUAUCAGCUUGCCCUUUGUGGAUCUUCAGAAGGUGAAAGUCUCUUGGAGAAAUACUCUCACUCAUGGUAUCAUAAAGGUAUCUUGUGUGAGCAUAUCUUGCAUGCCAUUCAUCAAGAGACAUGAUAGGACUUUCAAGCUUAGAGAUCCAUAUUCUGAACACUGCCCUCCUGGGGAAUUUGUUAGAGAAAUCCCACUUUCAACCCGAAUUCCUGAAGACGCUAAUAUAGAAGCUUAUUAUGAUGGCCCAGGAUCAGUGCUCGAGAUUAUGGUGCCAAAACUUCGUGUGGGGCCAGAAGAACAUGAGGUUCGUGUUUGCCUUCGCCCUCACCUAGGAGGCAAUGAUCUUAUGUUGACUUAAGAUAGGCGUUCAUUGAGAACUGUAAUGGUUGUUGCCAUGGAUGGUGAUUCAUUGUUUUACUUUGUACCAUACAGUCUAUUCUAUGAUAUCAAAUGUGCACCUCACAUUUGUCUGUUGCAAUUCUUGCUCACUAAUUGUUAUGGUAUUUAUGUCCAUGAAUCUGAUCAGCUCUUGCCUGUACUGAUUCUUGAUUUUUGAACUUAUAAUCGAUUAUAAUUAUUUGGAAAUUA